GGAAAAAAGAUAAAAAAUGACUAUUCGGAAUACAACGUAUAAUUCUCUCUCUAUCUUUUCUUUCUUUCUUUCUUUCUUCCUUUUCUUCUCUUUUCUUUUCUUUAAUUCGUAAUAUUUAUUUAUAAAAUGGCUUCAGCUUCAAAACUUGCAGAAUUUGGCAAGAAGCAUAUUGCUCGUGGUAUAGGUAGAUCUACAGAGCUUGUGAUUGAAAAGGGAAAGGGUACUUUUGUUUGGACUGUAGAUGGAAAAAAGUAUCUCGACCUUACUACUGGUAUUGGCGUCACAAGUACAGGACAUUGUCAUCCUACUGUUGUUAAAGCUGUUCAGGAACAAGCUGGUCAAUUAACACAUGGACAAGUCAAUAUUUUUUAUCAAAGACCGAUGCUCGAGCUUAUUGACAAAUUAAUACCCAAAAUGCCUUCUUCUAAACUUGAUACUUUCUUUUUUUGGAAUUCUGGUUCUGAGGCAGUAGAGGCAGCGAUUAAAGUAGCACGUCAUGCGACAAAGAAACAAAAUAUCAUUGUAUUUCAAGGAUCUUAUCAUGGACGUACAUUUGGUACGAUGGCUUUAACAACAUCAAAGACAGUUUAUAGUGCAGGUUUUGCACCUUUAAUGCCAGGUGUUCAUGUAGCUCCUUAUCCUUAUUUCCAACAAUGGGCAGUUCAUCAAGCAGAUCCUGAAAAGUUUACACCAGAAUGGUGUGGUGAAGAAGCACUUCAUCAGCUUGAACUUUUAUUAAAGCAACGUUCUGAUCCUAGAGAUACAGCAGCUAUUUUAGUUGAACCUAUCCAAGGUGAAGGUGGUUAUGUUGUACCCCCUAAAAACUUUUUAAUUGGUUUAAGACGCAUUUGUGAUAAGCAUGGUAUUCUAUUAAUUUGUGAUGAAGUUCAGUCAGGAUUUGGUCGAACUGGUAAAAUGUUUGCUGUUGAACACUUUGAUAUAGUUCCAGAUAUCAUGGUAAUGGCUAAAGGUAUUGCAUCUGGUUAUCCACUCUCGGCUAUUGUAAGUCGUAAAGAAAUUAUGGACCUUCAACCUCCAGGAUCAAUGGGAGGUACCUAUUCAGGUAAUGUCAUCGCUUGUGCAGCAGCAAAGGCAACACUUGAUGUAUUUAAUGAAGAGAAUCUGCUAGCAAAUUGUAAUGCACGUUCAGAACAAUUCUUCAAGGGUUUGAAAGAAAAGAUCCCCGAACUUUUGCCAGAGGGGGUGAAGGUUGAUAUUCGCGGUAAGGGUCUGAUGAUUGGUAUUGAAUUUAUGGGUGUCCCUUAUGGAUUUGCAAGUAAAGUAGCUGCUGAAGCAUUGAAAUUGGAUACAAUUAUCUUGACUACCUCUAUUUAUGAAACUCUUCGAUUAAUUCCUCCACUUAAUAUUACUAAAGAAGAAGUAGAUCUUGCUAUUGAGAAAGUAGUUUCAAGUAUAGCUGUUGCUAUUAAAAAUCUUUAAAUAACCGUAUAUCCGGCCAAUAAAAGUAUAUUACUUUAUUUUCUAUCAUUUGAUUUGUAUUACAAACAAUAUAUA